UACUCCAGCUCAGCCCCAGCAUGGCCAUGUCCUCCAUGUCCAUCUGCUCCAGCACUUGCACUGAGCCCUGGCAGGUGGACGACUGCCCAGAGAGCUGCUGUGAGCCCUCCUGCUGUGCCCCCAGCUGCUGUGCCCCAACCCCCUGCCUGACCUUGGUCUGCAGCCCAGUGAGCUGUGUGUCCAGCCCCUGCCAACCAGUCUGCACCAGCUCCUGCACACCCUCCUGCUGCCAGCAGUCUAGCUGCCAGCCGGCUUGCUGCACCCUGUCCCCCUGCCAGGACUGCUGUGUGCCCGUGAGCUGCAAGCCCGUCUGCUGUGUGCCCGUCUGCAUUAGAGCUGCCCCCUGCUCCACCUCCUCAUGCUGCCAGCCCAGCCCCUGCCCCUCCUCCUGCUGUAGACCCUCCUCCUGCCGUAGACCCUCCUCCUGCUGUAGACCCUCCUCCUGCUACAGACCCUCCUCCUGCUGUAGACCCUCCUCCUGCUGCAGACCCUCCUCCUGUGUGUCCCUCCUCUGCCGCCCUGUGUGCAGACCUGCCUGCUGUGUCCCCACCUCCUCCUGCCAGCCCAGCUGCCCCCACCCAGCCUCCUGUGUGUCCCUCCUCUGCCGUCCCACCUGCCCCCGCCCAGCCUGCUGA